AUGGACUUGCAUCUGAAGCAAUGGAGAAACCAGCAUGAGUCAGAGGAACAACAUUCUACAAAGAUGCCAAAACUUCUCCCUGAAUCCCAUCAGCCACAAACACAAUCAUCUGCCUCUGCACUCCCUUUGUUUGUACCUGAACCCAACAGCAAAGUCAGCACCCUGUCAGAUUCAACGUUUGCAGCUACUAACAGAUUUCCCAGGAUGGGGAGCUACUUCAGCUUGUCUCAGUGGCAGGAACUUGAGUUGCAGGCUUUGAUAUUCAGGUACAUGUUAGCUGGUGCUGCUGUUCCUGCUGAACUCCUUCAACCAAUCAAGAAAAGCCUUCUUCGUUCUCCUCACUAUUUCCUCCAUCAUCCUCUCCAACAUUACCAACCUGCUCUGUUGCAAUCAGGGUAUUGGGGUAGAGGAGCGAUGGAUCCGGAGCCAGGGAGGUGCCGGAGAACUGACGGCAAAAAGUGGCGGUGCUCGAGGGACGUGGUGGCUGGGCAGAAGUACUGUGAGCGCCACAUGCAUCGUGGAAGAAACCGUUCAAGAAAGCCUGUGGAACUACCCACACCAAGUAGUGCUAAUUGUGGUGGUAGUGGUGGUGGUGGUGGUGUUGGAUCUCUAGGACUAGGUGCUUCAUCUUCCAUUUCUUCACCGCCGCUAGCUACUGCUUCUCUCAAAUCCCCUUUUGAUCUUCUUCACCUUAGUGAACGCUCCUCUGGGACCAAGAAUGAAGACAAGAGCCUGUUUGAAAACGAAGAUCAUGUGGGUGGGGAUUGCAGAUCAGGCGGCCAUAUGCUGAGACAUUUCUUCGAUGAUUGGCCACGAUCACUGCAAGACUCUGACAACGUUGAAAACAAUGCUAGCGGGAUGAAUUCGGCCACAUGCCUCUCUAUUUCUAUGCCCGGAAAUGCUUCCUCGGAUGUGUCAUUGAAAUUGUCCACGGGCUAUGGAGAGGACCCGGGUCCAACAAAUGCGAAUGUGAACCUUGAGGCAGAGCACGUUCAAUUGAAUUGGGCCGGAGGAUGGGCCUCUGGUAGUCAAGUGGCUUCAAUGGGUGGGCCACUUGCUGAGGCACUCAGAUCAUCUACUACAACUUCAUCUCCCACUAGUGUUUUGCAUCACUUGCCUCGUGGUUCUGUAUCUGAGACCAGCUUCAUUAGCACCUGA